AUGCCCAAGCUGAAGGCAUUCCAGAAGAUCCAAAUCAGGCUGGUCCGUGAGCUUGAGAAGAAAUUCAGUGGCAAAAAUGUAGUUAUUGUUGGAGACCGCAAGAUUCUCCCCCAAAACCCCGCCACAAGGACACGUGUAGCCAACAAACAGAAGAGGCCCAGAUCUAGGACAUUGACGUCAGUAUACGACGCCAUCCUUGAGGACUUGGGGUUCCCUGCUGAAAUUGUAGGCAAGCGUAUUAGGAUCAAGCUGGAUGGCUCACAGAUCAUCAAGGUGCACUUAGACAAGAACCAGCAAACCACUAUUGAACACAAGGUGGACACCUUCCAGUCGGUGUACAAGAAGCUUACGGGGCGCGAAGUCACUUUUGAGUUCCCCGAACCCUACUUGUAA